AAUAUUUUGUAACAGCCCAUUUUUUCCUGUGAAUGUUGCUCCUAAAUUCUAGGGUUUUUGAUGAAAGUUAAACCCUGACUGGAAAUCCUCUCUCUAGGAAUCAGCCAUGAGCAGAUCUGGACAGCCACCGGAUCUCAAGAAGCAAGCCUUUCAUUACUUUAUCAGUAAAUCGUCGCUUUUUGCGAGAAUGAAACCAACUGAUCUUAGCCUUUUUUUUGUUCUCAUAUCGGUAGGUACAUGGACAAGAAGCUUCAGACUUAAUGCCAACUGCAUGGUGGUUGGAACACUGCGUGGUUUCGAUCAGUUCAUGAACCUGGUGGUGGACAAUACUGUCGAGGUGAAUGGAAAUGAGAAAAGUGACAUAGGCAUGGUGGUAAUUAGGGGUAACAGCGUGGUUACUGUGGAAGCUCUUGAGCCGCCUAUAAAUAGGCUUGUUUUGAGGAGAAGAAGACACAACAAAAACAAAUCUUCUCUCUACAUCACUUAAGCAUUCUAGUGGGCAUUCUAAGAGCAUUGUCUAGCUCGGUUCUCGCCUCCAAUUCAAGUUCGCCGGAGCCUACGAGUUUGAGGUGCUUCAACUCGAUAGGAGGAAAGUCGUUUCAUCGUUGGGGACA